GAGCCUAGAUGUGUAGUUCUAGGAAAGACGCUUAAACCUGUGGCACAUGGAGCCAAGCGUAGGAUCAAAGAGAAGUCAGAUUGCUUUUAUUACAUUCCAAUUAUAGAAACAUUGACAGUUUUAGUAAACAACCAAAAGAUACGAGAGGAAGUUCUGAAAGAACCACAGUAUAGAAAUGACGGAAAACUUGGAGACUUUACUGAUGGUGCUUUGUUUUCCAAUCAUGAGAUAUUUUCCAGUGAUGCACAGGCUCUACAAAUUAUCCUCUACUAUGAUGACUGUAACCUCUGUAACAGUGCUGGGAGUCGUGUCACCAAACACAAAAUAGCAUUUUUUUAUUUUACCUUAGGAAAUUUCAGGCAUGAGGUACGCUCUAAACUGGAUGCCAUUUUUCUCUUAGCUGUUGUUAAAACAUCUCAUCUUAAGAAAUAUGGAUUUGAUGAAGUAUUGAAGCCUUUUCUGAAUGACUUAAAGAAACUUGAGGAUGGAUACUUCUUCACUGUAGACAAUAGAAGCAUUCCUAUUACAGGUGCUGUUUCAGUAUUUUGUGGAGACACUCCAGCUUCUAACCUUGCUGGGGGCUUUAAAGAAGGUGUCUCAUUUGCUAUGAAAUGUUGUAGGCAUUGUGAAGCCAAUCAGAAUGACAUUCAAAAUAUAGUCCAUGAAGAAGACUGUGUUUUAAGAACUGGGGCUCGUCUAGAGGGUCAGUAUGAAAGGAUGGAAAACAAUCCAGCUCUUGCAAAACAUUAUUCGGUGAACUAUGGUUUGGACAGGAGAAGCAUUUUGAGUAAAUUUCCAGGAUUUAAAAUUACCGAACAAUUACCACAAGAUUUGAUGCACAUCCUUCUAGAGGGUGCGAUACCAUAUGUUGUCAAAUGUAUGCUUCAGUAUUACAUUGCCAAGGGUUUGAUAACUGUUGAUCUUAUAAACUCAAGGUUAAUGGAGUUCCAGUAUGGAUAUUCACAGGUUAAAGACAAACCAGAACCAAUUAAUCCUGAAUCUUUGACUGAGAAACCAGGAAAGCACAUUGCCAAAGAUGCUGCAAAGAUGUGGAUGCUUUUUCGAAUAUUGCCGUUUAUUCUCCAUGACAUCAUUGGUGAAGGUGACAAACCAUUUCAAGUAUUUGAACUACUUAUGAAGAUAUCAAGUCUACUGCUGGCUCCAGUAUUGAGCUGUGAAACUGUCUCAUUGCUCCAAAGAAUGACUGCUCAAUUUCUGACAGAUUUUAAGGAUGUUUUCAAUAAGCAGCUAACUCCAAAGAUGCAUUACUUGAUUCACUGUCCAAGACUUAUCCUGCUAUGUGGACCAUUAGUUAGGGUUUGGAACAUGCGAUUUGAGGCAAAGCACAAAGAUUUUAAAAGAAUAGCAAAAAAUGCAAGUUGAAAAAACAUAACCCUUUCACUUGCAAAAGGUGAACAACGAUCAAUGAUGGCAAAGUUUGCAGACCCGGGCAGCCAUGGGCUAUUCAAUAACUUAGUGAAAGGACCCCUGAUUCCCCUCACCGGGGAAAACUUUAAUUUUGCCAAACACCAGUUUUGCCUGAUUAAUCAAGUUUCUGAUGAAGUGAUUGUUCACAUUUGCAACUGUAAAUGGGUCACUCUUUAUGGCACAAAGUACAUCCCUAAUGAGUGCAGUUUAUUGUUACGAGCAGAAAAUGAGAAACCUGUCUUUGGUGAUCUUCUUGGUAUUUGGAUAGCAAAUGGAGUUGAUGUAAUUUUUAGAGUUGCUGAACUUGAAACAGUUACCUUCAGUGAUACUCUUAAUUCAUAUGAAAUUGACAAACUCGGACAGGCCAUGGCUGCACUGUACAUUACCCCUGACAGCCUUCUAAGCCAUGAAGUACUACAUAAGUGGGAACUUGAUCACAAAAUGUACAUCAACACUAAGUAUGAUGUGACCGACUUAUGUGAUUAA